AUGGCGUCAACACUUCACCGCUGGGUUGUGUGUGGCGGCCGGGUGCACCAGAAACAGGAAAAAGACCAUAGGGGUGGAGGAGGCAGUCGGAUGGGCCAGGCCGCUUCUGGAAGUGGGAAGGCGCUUUCAAGAGCAGCCCUCUUCACGGCGACGGCCAGCACAGGCGGGCUGGGUGAGAAGUGGGGUGGUUUUCCAGCGCCGAAACAACCAAAACACCUCAAAACCAACCCAGAACCACCACCACCCUCGAAGAUGCUGCUCCUCCACCUCGUCUCCUUCCUCGUCGGACUCCUGGCCAUCGCAUUCAUCACCCUCUGUCUGGCCAGCGGCCUGCUCUAUCUAGCAGAGAUCAUCGAGGAAAACACCCAGGCCGCCAAGCGCUUCGGAAAACAGCUCAUCCAGCUCAUCAUCCUCCUCCAUCUGGCCUUCUACCUCGCCGACGGCCUGCCCCUCUCCCUCACCCUGCUCGGCAUCCUCUCCCACUGCGUCUACCUCUCCAACUUCUCCCGCGCCUGGCCCUCCAUCUCCCUCACAUCCCUCUCCUUCCUCUCCUCAUGCGCACUCGUCAUCCUCGACCACUUCGCCUGGUUCUUCUACUUCGCCGACCGCGUCGCCAGCCACAACCACCGCCCCGCCCCCCAGGCCUGGCUCGCACACCCCCCCAGCCACAGACGCCCCGACCAGCUCACGCUCAUCGACAUCUCCACCUUCUUUGCCCUCUGCGUCUGGAUCGUGCCCUUCUUCCUCUUCCUCAGUCUCAGCGCCAGCGAUAACGUCCUGCCCAACUCCAUCGAUCUCUCGCUCAGCCAGCCCAUCAUCUCGGCCCAGCCCCCGACCCCAACGUCCAAGGAGGCCCAAGACCUGCUCUACCACCCCUCCGAGCUGCACCAUCUCAGCGGGGCCAUCCAGCUCGGCACCCCGCGCCCGCCGUCGAUGCUCAAGGGGAUGAUCCAGAACUGCAUGAAGAAGACGCUGCCCCGGGGGGUCAGCCAAUCGGCAGGCGGCGCCCCGGGAGCCGGCGGCCGGACCAGCUCGCGCCCGAACGAGGGCCUCAUCGCCAGCCCCUCCUGCCCCGCCUCCCCCGCCUUCACCCACCACCACCACGACCCCAUCUCCCCCAGCGUCCUCCUCCUCGGCUCCUCCCCCCCCGCAUCGCCGAUCACAAGGAGACUCUCGCCCUCCAGAAACACCACCACCACCUCCCCCCGCCGCGCCUUCUCCACCCACUUCAACGACCACCACCACCACCACCACCAUCUCCUCCCCCAAAACUCACUCGUCUCCCCCCGCCACGUCUCCUCAGGCCCCGCCUUCCACCUCGCUAGCUCCCUCUCCAUCAGCCACUCGUCCGACCAUCGCAUGCCCUUCGACGACAGCCUCCUGCCCUCCGUCUCGCCCACCCUCCACUAA